AUGCGGCUUCUGCGAGAUGUUACACCAUUGCAAUCAUGCCGCUCUGGCGAGCCCUUGUGUCUAUCUCGCCCUCACUCUCCCUCUUCUCUCGCCCCCUCCCGCCUCUCGCGUUUCCUCUUUCGCACUCACUCGCUCUCGCUCACUACCCUCUCAGGCACUCGCCCUCUCGUUAGCUCGCCCUCUCACGCGCUCGCCCUCUUACUCCCUCGACCUCUCACUCGCUCGCGUCCCUCUCACUCGCUCGCGCCCCUCUCACUCGCUCGCGCCCCUCUCACUCGCUCGCCCCCCUCUCACUCGCUCGCGCCCCUCUCACUCACUCGCGCCCCUCUCACUCACUCGCGCCCCUCUCACUCACUCUCGCCCCUCUCGCUCACCCUCGUCUCCUCUCACCCUGUCCCGCCCCUCCGCGCUCACUCCCGCCCCCCUUGCUCGCUAUCGUCCCCCCUUGCUCUCGUCACCACUCACUCACCCUCGCUCGCCCUCUCUCUCUCUCACUCUCGUCGCCCCUCGCUCACUCUCGCCCCACACGCUCACUCUAGGGCCCUAUUUCACCUUUAUUUCUCUCCAUGUAUCCCUCUCUCCCACUUUCUCGCUCCCUCCUGCCCUGUUGAUGCAUUGUGCACGCUCUCCCCUGCCUAUACCUUCAUGUGCGCCUUCCUUUCUCUCUUCCUUUUCACCUGUCUGUUUACAGUGCUCACUGCAGCAAACGAGGAAGGCCCCAUGACGAUUUUGAUUCCCCUAGACGUCACCGAGUACUACACUUCAAUCAAGGACUACAGUGCAGAAGAGCGUGAGAAGAUAAUGAAGUACCAUAUGAUACCGAAACAGUACAAGUACAAGAAGCUGAUGAAGGAGAAGGCGGGAUACAAGAUCAAGACAAAGGUGGACGGCCAAAAGAUCUCGAAAAUGACAGGGGAUAAAUUCCCUGGCAUUGUCCUGAUGGGGAAGAAGGGCAUGCCAUCUAUCAUGGUGGGAGGAGAUGUGUUUGUGGGAGAGGAGCUAGCCAUUCACCUCGUAACAUCGAUGCUGUUUCCAAAAUUCAAGUAG